CCGCGGCCCCUCCGCCCUAUAAAUGCCUCUCCAAAAUGCAGCGCAGCUCCUUUCUCCCGUCCCGCCCGGUUACGCUGCUCCGCGCCCCGCGCAGCUGCCCGCGGGUCUCCGGCCCUGCACCGCGCUCCGCACCUCCCCCCUCCCCCCCCUUUUUUUUUUCUUUUUUUUUUUUUUUUUUUCCUUUCCCCCUCCCCUUUCCCCUCUCCCCGUUUUUCUUCUCCUUCCCUCCCCGUGCCCCGUUUGCAUGCAUUGUCUGUCUCCCAAGAUGGUUUGUGAGACCAAGAUCGUGGCGGAAGACCAUGACUCAAUCCCGGGAGCCAAAAAAGACACCAUCAUUGUUUCUUCCUCCCAAAUGUGGCCCACCCUCUCGGGUUCCCCCUCCUCCCCUCCUGCUCCCCUUGGUACCCCCAAGGAAGAACCCAAACGCGACAACGUCUACAUCCGCGAAUUCCACCCCUCCGAACAGGAGGUGGUGCGCCGCAUUUUCUACGAAGGUAUCAUGGAGCGGAUCCCCAACACGGCCUUCAGAGGGUUAAAACAGCAGCCCCUCACCCAGCUGCUCUACGCGCUGAUGGCGGUAAUGUGCUUUGUUGUGACCAAGUCCUUCCUGCUGACCUGCUGCUUGCCCGUCUUUCUGAUGGGCAUGAGGUACUACUUCAGCAGAAAAGUUAUCCUCCACUAUCUCGAUUGUGCGCUGCAUACGGACAUGUCUGAUAUCGAGCAAUAUUACAUGAAACCGCCAGGCUCCUGCUUCUGGGUGGCUGUCCUGGAUGGCAACGUGGUGGGGAUCGUGGCAGCGCGGGGCAAUGAGGAGGACAACACAGUGGAGCUGCGCCGCAUGUCUGUCGACUCCAACUACCGUGGCAAGGGGAUUGCCAAGGCCCUGGGCCGCAAGGUGCUGGAGUUUGCCAUGCUCAACAACUACUCCUCCGUCGUACUGGGGACCACAGCUGUGAAGAUGGCGGCCCACAAGCUCUACGAGUCCUUGGGCUUCAAGCACGUGGGUGUGGUUGAACAUUACGCGCUCCCGGGGAUGACGCACUCCUUGCUGGAGAGAAUGUUCUUCCAGCUUCGCUACCACCGCUACCGCCUGCAGCUCCGUGAAGAAUAAAACCCAACCACCAAGCAAAAAAGCUAUUUUUCUCCUCCCCCCCUCCCAAAAAAAGAAAAAUAAUAAUAAAUUACCCUUCUCUUUCUUGUCACCAUUUAUUUGCCAAUUUUGUCUCCCUUCUUGCUCCCUCAUCUCAUCCUGGCUUGCUCCGUGCAGCCUGGUGGCCCAGCCUUGUGCGCUGGAUGUGGUGGGGCUGGAAAUCAGCAUCCUGCAGCCCAGCCUCCUAGGGACCGACAGAAAGCACAGAACCUUCCCCGCAACGUCACACCGCCACUCUGGUGCGCCCAGUGUUCUUUUUUUCCAAGUGUAAGAUAACAUAGCGAUGCAUUCAUCAUAGUGCAGAGAAAAUCACUUGAAUGCAGUUUCCAGUAUUUAACGUACCAGUAAGUACAGAAUAUGCAUCCAUCUUGUCUUUAUUUACUGGUAAAUCGUUUCCAAGGAAAAUGUGGGGGCAGCCCCCAGCCCAACCUGCUUGCUGCAAUGCAUGAAGAGGAAGCGUGUGCACGCACUCCAACACAUCGCACUGCCACCGCGCCACUGAUGCUGCAC